GUCACAACAAUUAUAAACUGAGCUCGGAGUCCCAAACAGGAUUUCCAAAAAGGAAAUGACUUUUGAGUCACCUUUAAACGUCUAUCUAACUAGUGGGUAUUUGGAUACCACGGCAAAACUUUCCCUCAAAUAAUUUUCAUUGAAGUAUGACGUUACCGAAACGAUGGGACGUAUUUCGCAAGUGACGUACAGGACCUCCCUCCAAAACUACGAACCGCGACGAGGAGAUUGAAAACCUCAUUUGCAUACGAGCAGAGCUAAAUCAAACGAUCCAUCGAAAACACGUUAACGCACCAAGUCAUGCGACACAAAACUCACACUACAGCAGCCAUGAAAAAUACAUCAAGUUCUUUGACAGGAAAAUACGAGAUAACAACAGUCACAGAGCAGUGUUUACUCUGAUAUGGCCCACCUUCGAGGGGUCUUCAUCGCUCCCUCUACUACUAAUUACAGGGCUUCCCACCGUCGAAGCAAAAGCCACUCUGAGGUACCCCUCCCACGCGCUGAACUCUGUAGAUCCCCAUUGGGACGCACUGCUGAGUCUCUUAACUGGUUAGCUCCACCUAAAGAAACUGUAACUUUAGAAAUCAGACCAAUCUAUAAUAACAGGCCUAAGAACAACACUAGUAUCUCGCCUGCUUUCACCUCUUCGGGGGGAGACAGGUCUAGGGUAGGGCGCGCGGACGGCAAGUGUCAAACCGACAAAAGACUUUCGUUAUCCGAAGAAAGUAAACCGAAAAGAAAGGUUCCUUUAUUCGUGCAAGAUUCUUCGGGAUCUGUUUACGACUCCUUUCUCCCGGAGAAGAAUAAAGUCGACAGUCAGCCUCGAGAUCGAGAACAACAGCGACCAUCAGGCAAAAGCAGCCAUAAGAUACAAACUGCCCAAUCCGACCAGCACACACCUUUUUUGGCAUCGGUACUUUUACGGCAAUUUCCCCAGUCGGGAAUCACUGUAGUGAAAACUUGUUAUCCUCAAGCUCAAGGCACAACGUUGGGCCAGCCUUCACAGGAAAGGGCACCUAGAGAAAACCAGGGUAGUGAACCGGAAAAAGAAGAUAGAAUAUCUUUUGCGUGCUGUGCGUUGGAAAGUACAGACGUUCUCCAGCAUAACAAUCAGUAUUUACAAAGACUUAUCAACAAGAAGGAGUUUCAGCCAGAGGAGACUUUGCCUACGUUUCAAGGAGAGAGUAAGAAAACAAAGAAAAUUUCUUCUCCUGAAUUGCUACACACAAGUGAACAAUCGAACGAAUUAGGAAAAGGACGGAAAAGCCCGCCAAUUUCCUUAAAAGAAGUAUCUUUGUUAGAAGAUAAAUCGACAGGUAAUCUAGAAACUGGAAGGCUGUCAAGAAGUGAUAAUAAAGAUAAUAAAAAAGAAAAGCCACUCGUCAGUUAUCAGGAUUUUAAACGCGAAGCUUGGGGGAGAUUCGCACGAAGCAAACAUCGCAGACAUCACAGCUUUGGCGGUUUACCAUUGGAGUAUAGAGAAAAACGCUUAAGAGAAUCAAGCAGCAAAGAUAAUACUAAUACGAGUGUUUCUCUUGAAAUAAAGAAAAUCCGGGAAGCACAAAAGCUUAUAGACGCUGCCAUGGCGACAAGUGAGAAGAGCAUCAAGGUCGGGGAGAGUAAGGGAUUAUGGGAUAGCAAAGAGAAUGAUGGCGGCUUGGUGGAAAAAGUGGAGACUUUAGAGCGUGAAGUGAGCGAGAAGACUAAAGAGAACCAAGAGUUGACCCAGAGUCUUCACGCGUCCCAGACGAGAGUCAUGUCACUGGAGACCGAGAAUAGGAUACUCGAGAACCAAGUCCGUAUGAUGGAGGAAUCCAAUAAAGAUCUUUACAAGAAUCUUCACGAGAUUCGCUCUAAACUGAGAAUACAGGAGAGCAAAGUGGACGAGUUAAGAAUCCAGAAAUCUGAGUCGGUGCGCAAGCUGUCGCAAGUGCUGCAGUCCUCACUGGACAGAAACACCAGAUUCUCCUUUUUCUUGCAUCAACUGGAGGCGGAGGUAACGGCAAGGGAGACGGCACAGAAAAAGGCAAAAGUUGACAGAGAUGCUGCUCUUGAGAAGAUAUUAAAAGACGAAAAAAGGCGAGAAAGGAAAAGCGGGUCUAAAGAGUCUACCGCGCAAUCUGGAAAGAUUUCUAGCAAAGAAAAAGAAAUCCUGCGCGGUGAGUUGGAGCAAUGUUUGUUGGAGUCGAGCCCACAGGAAGCUUUGGAGAGGGUGAUGCAAGUUGCCGAGAUCGGUUUAGCCAAGGCUUUGAGCGUUAGACUCGAUUCUAAGGACGAAGAGAUAGCUGAGCUACAGAAGAAGUUGGACUUUGCAAAGGAACAAGUGCAAGCUUUGAAGAACGCUGAUGUCAAGACUGUCGAAAUGGAGACGAAAAUUGAAGAAAGAAUUCGUUCAAAGCGAAAGGCAAUUGGAGACGAAGUGAAUGAGCUUACUCAAGAACUAUCAUCUGCUGAAAUGAUGAAAAAAGAGCAGGAGUUUAAGCUUGACAAUGUGAGGAAAUUCUCAAAUGCUGACAGGAUCGAGAAUUUGCAAGCAAUGAGAAGGGUAUCCCGCGACGAGAUAGCAGACAUCCAGAGUGCAAUACGCACCAUGGAAUCCAAAUCCCAAGUAGACAAUGAUCUCUCCGAGCAAGAGAAGGAGAUAUUGUCACUCAAUCAGAGGAUUUCUAAGACAAUGGAAGAGAAAGCUGAGCUUUCCGAGGAGCUGUUACUCUCUCAGACAAAUCUACAAUCAUUGGAGAAGAGAUGCAAUGAGAAACAGACCGAGACGCUGCAGCUAUACAAGGAGCUGGAUCUAAAGAGGCAAGAGAUUGGCGAAAUGGAGCAGCGUCUGCAGGUGGCGUUAGAUGACAUGACCAACAUGAUGAUCAAGCUCGACACUGCCAACGCUGAGUUGGAAGUGAAAGAUAAGAAGCUCAGGGAGAUGAGACACAGCAAGGAUAAUGCAGAGGAGAGCGAGGCGGACAGCGGAGUUGGGGAAGAGUACAAGUUUAGCCCCAGGGGAGGAACGCCUAGGAAGACCUCGGAAUCAGAGAACGACGAAGCGCUCAAAGCGAUGAAAGAGGAGCUCGUCCAGACGCUCUUAGCAUUGGAAUCUGCUCAGGUGGAGAGGCAGGAAGCGCUGCGACAGAACGAGGAGUUGGCCGGCGAGUUGGAUAAGCGCGAGCAGGAGAUUUCAACGCUGAUAAUGGAGAUAGAGAGGGAGAAGAAGCCCACUGAAGCUAAUACCUCGCCCAAGCCAGUACUAGUGUCGGAGCUAUGGUCGUCGGUGCAAGAAGCCACGCAAACUAAAGAAGAGAAAGAGCAGACGCACAAGGCCCUUGAACAAGAGCUUAUAGUGAAACAAAGAGAAAUCCUUAACCUGAAAACAGCUCUUGCAAAACAGCAGAAGGAAAACGAGGAGCAAUCGAAAAUAGCCGAUAACUACAAGGCAGAGCUCGCUCAUAUGAAGGAGAUUAAACAAAAGGCAGACAGCGCACCGCAGGUUUUUGAGAAAUGUGAGAACAGAGACAAAGGUACAGAAAUGGCCGCAGAUGGAAGUGCGGCACUGCGAAAAGAGGUGAAAACUCAAAUCGAGGAUAUCGAGGAUUUGCAGGAAGAGGUUCAGAAGCUGCAACAAGUUCUAGCGAACGAGAUGGAAACCUCAAGAAAUCACAAGGAACAGGUGGCUAAACUCAAGGAUUCGCUCAGGAUUGCUAGGGAAGCAAAAGACUGCACAUUCAAACGAAACAAGGAGUUAGCAGAACAACUUCAACGAAAAGACGCAAAGAUUCAUAACCUCACAGCGACAAUGGAGAAAAACAAAAAAAGUACAGAGAAUGAGAAUUGGGGUAAAAUGGUCGAUGAACUUCGAGCCGCGGUAGAGGAGUCUCAGAACCAAUGCAAGUUCUUCGAGACCAGAAUUCAAGACUUAAGGAACGACCUCAGUGAAAAAGACCGCACGAUUAUAGAACUGCAGGCGCAGAUGGAUGGGCUGGCCACGGCAAUCCCAUCAGAUUCAAGUACCCCUAAAAGAGAAAAGAAAGUAAUUAAAAAAGAAAACGAAGAGGGAGAGAGUUUGUCUCUUACAGGUUUGCAGGAUGAAAUCAGGAUCCUCAAAGUACAAGUGACACUCAGAGAUAAGAGCAUUGAGGAAAAAAUCAGCGAGGUUUACAAAAAAGACAAGACAAUCAAGAAACUCCAACACGAGAAAGAAAUAGAGCUUCGCGCGCUCGCCGAGACAAUAGAGAAACUGCAGGAUGAAUCCGAGAAACUGCGCACUGAAAAUGCACUCCUUGAAAAUGAGGCAUCGGACACAAUGGACGGUUGUGCUUUGAGGGACGAGAAUGCUCUGCUAAGAAAGGAACUCAAUGAGAUGAGCUAUUCUUUGGCUGUUACACGAGCCGAAUGCGGCGAUCUGCGAGAAGAGCUGACCCACAUGGAGAACAAAAGCGAGCAAGUCCACGACUCGCUAGCGCAUGCGCAGUCACUGAAAGAUGACCUUGAGAGCCAAGUUGAUGACUUGAACUUCCAAAAAUCUAGCUUGGAGAAAGAGAAUGAUUUGCUAAGGAAGAAGAUGGAGAUUGUCGAGGAAGAAAUGAAACUGACAGCGAUCGAGAACAAACCCUUGGACGCCGUGGAUGCAAAACCGCUGUCAGAGGAGAACGAAGCACUAAAAGCUCAGAUUUCUCAGAUCACUGUUGAGCUGGCAUUGAAUAGGGAGGAACUUCUUGGCGCCAAACAGGAGCUUGAAAAAACUCGUGACAAAUGCGCUUCUCUGCAGGACCAAAUCUCAGAUAUGGAGCAAAAGAAGGACGACUUAGAAAACCAAGUUACAGGGUUAUCCUCGCAAAGAAACACACAGGAAAAAGAGCUGGGACUUUUGAAAAAGAGAAUGGAAUAUACAGAGGAGGAGAUAAGGCGGACGGAGCAGGAUUUGUCGAGAAAGGCCGAGCAAAUUAAACAAAAGGAAAGCGAACUUCGUAGACUAUUCGCCGAGUCAUCGUCCGAUAGUCGGAUUCGUGAAAAUAUGGAAUCGAGGCUUCGGAAUGAGCGGGAAACACAGGAGCAAGCUAUCAGGGUUAAAGAAGAGGUAAUCGAGCAACUGACAGUCAAGAAUUCUGAAUUGCAAUCUGAGAUAAGUAAAAUCAAAAUGGUAUCGACCGAGUCGAGAUAUGAGCAGCGCAGACUGGAUCGUGAGCUUACCGAGAUGCGCGACCGAUUCCGGGACGCUGAACGCAAAUAUGGCACACUUAAAAGCGAAAAAGGCAAGAUCGAGGACGAACUCAAAGACACCAAGAAGCGGCUGACGCAAUACCAGACGGAACUGAAUGAGGCGAGGACUGAGAUUCGGCAGAAAGAUGAUGUGAUACGUAAGUUGAACUACAAGAACGCUGAGCUUCAGACGCUGCUAUCGGAGAAGAACGACGCGUUGAAGAGAGAGGAGAAGCUGCGAAUGGAAAACAUGAAGGCUCUGGAUGUCAUGAAGAUGAAGCUGGAGCGAGUUGAGGGGGAUGACAAGAAGCAAAAGGACAGACUAUUCAGCCUCAAGUCCGCGUGUUCGGAAGCAAACGAGGCGUACGAGAUCGUAAAGAAGCAGAACCUUGCACUGAAAACCGACUUGGAAGAGUUGAAGAAGAGCUUUGCUGACAAGAAUAUGGAGGUUGAGAACAACAGACGCGAGAAGGAACGCCUUGAGGAGCAGAUUCUGAACGCCUCCCGCACCAUCGACGACAUCCGCAAAUACAGCAACCGUGACGAGAGCAUGUCUCCCGACUCCGCACUGGGGAUCUCACUGGAGUCCCUCGGCGAUCUAAGCUCGGGCCCUAACAGCCCGAACUCUGAUGUCUCCGACCAGCUGUUUGACGAAGGUGAUCUGAAGUUCUCCGCCGAGCACGACCAGAAAGGACUAUUGUGUAAGAUGCCGACGAUGAUCGAGAACUUUCGAGCAGUGGUGCGCGACAACGAGGCGAUGAAGAUCAAGCUACUGGAGCUAGUCUCUUAUAGGCAGAAAUCGGACAACCAGUUGCAGCAUUACACCAGCCUUAGCGAUAACCUGCAGAAGGACAUCAAGGGCAAGGAUAUGUUCCUGGAGGAGCUGCAAGGGAAGAGCCGAAUGCUAGAAGAGGAGCUCCACGAGGCAAAAUCCAAGCUCUUGGACGUUGAGAAGAACUACGCCGCAGCCGCGUCAGAGGCGGACCUGAUGAAGACAACACUUCAAGUGCGAGAAGAGACGGUAGACGAGCUUAGAGAGAAGGUGGAGCUGUUGGAGGAGAAAGAGAAGGCACUCGAACUCUACUCCAAGUCCAUCGCUGAAAAAUACGAGCACGAGUCACAGGAAAAGAAGAAGAUUGUCGAGAUCAGUGAGACACUUGAGAGCAAAAAUCGCAAACAGCAGGAGCUCCUGGAAUCUUUGGAAAAGAAACUGUCUGAGUUCUCUGAGAAGGAGGAGAGAAUGGCUUCCAAGAUCCAGCUCCCAGUCAACGAGUCCGAUAUCUCUUCAACUGAUGUUGCCAUGGAGACGCUAGAAGGGAAGCUAGAUAUGAUUGUCAGGCACAGUGAAGAGCUGUCGAACUCACUGAGCGCUGUGCAGUCAGAGUGCGGCAACCUUCAAGCAGAGAACGAGCGACUUCUGAGGGAGAUGGUAGAGAGAGACGUCUAUGAUGAGCUUGUAGCGAAGGUUCAUGAGCAAGAACUGUCCUUCCAAGCUCGCGAGAGCGAGUUCUCCGAGAGAGUGUCCAGCUUGGAGGAGCAAAUUGGGGCUCUGGAGAGGGAGAAUAGAGAAAAGGAAGAGUCCAUCAACUGCUGGGUGGAGAGAGAAGAGGAACUGCUUGACGAGAUGAGAGCUGUGAGGCAGCAGUUCGCUCCGCUUGAGACGCGUAACGAGCUCUUGAAGGCUGAUAUUGAGGCGUUGAAGGAGAGCAACCGAGGGAUGGAGGAAAGCCGCACUAAGAUUGAGUCGGAGAUCAAGUCAACGAAGGCGAAGAUGUGCGAGAUGGAGAUCACAAACGAGGCGUACAAGGAGGAAAACGACCGCUUGCGCUCGGAGAUAAUUGCGCUGUCAGAGGAGAAAUGCGAGGUCGAAUGCAAGGUGUCAGAGGCCGAGCGACAAGAGGUGAAACUACACGAGGUGAUCAAGCACGAACGCGCACAAAGAAGCGAGUUGGAGGCAGAACACAACACAGUAUUGAGCAGGUGCGAGUCCCUGCAGAACGACCUCGUCAAGGCAAAGGAGAGCAUCUCUUCCCUCGAACAAGAGCAGGAGAAGACGCAGAGAGUAAAGGAUGACAUGGAAACAAGGCUACUUGAGCUCGCCAACGCCAACAGCAGCUUCAAUGACGAGUUGAUGGUAGCAAGAAGAGAUCUGGGAGAGCUUGAGGAUCGCUACAAGGAGGCUGUACAAGAAGAAGAGGAACUUCGCCAGAAACUUAGCAAAUCGAGCAUGGAGAACUCUAAACUGAACACCGCGUAUGAGCAAAGCCAAAGACGCAAAGAAACCGCAGAGAAAGACCUAGUUGAGGCAAAUGCAAAGAAUGAAGACCUCGAGGCUGCCGUCGAGAAGGCGCGCAUGGAGAAGGCGGGAGUGCUUAAAGAGAUAUCAGCCAAAGAGGAGCAGAUUCAACGGAUGGAAGCCAAGAUGAGUGAUCUAGAAGAAGAGAAGCAGAAGUUCACAAACGAGCUCUACCUUAGCACGAGGAAGGUGUUGAGUUUGCAGCUGAAUCUUGAAUCUCUGCGAAAUGAAGUGUCUCAACUCGGUAAAGAGCUACGUCGUCUCAUCCAAGACUCACUCGGACGCGAACCCCGAGAUGAGGCAGAAGAGAAAUCGAUUGAAGCAGACAUCGAGAAGAACCUUAUUGAGAGCGAGGUAGUCGUUAUGGCGUUGCGCAACAGCAUCAAGACGACUGAGAAGAGUCUAGAUCUGAUCCGUCCUGAAGCCAAAGUAACAGAGCAUGAGUAUAACAACUGCCAGAGAGAUAUCGACUGCAUGCACCGUGAAUUCGCCUUCCUGAAAGACCACUUGACUAACUUCAAGCAAUCCUGCCAGAAACAGUCAGAUGAGAUCCGGCGCAUCAAAGAGGACUUGAAGUCCAAGGAAUCUCUUUUACAAGAGACAAAAGAAGAGCUGGAAGCUCUCAAAGAAGAGAACUCAGAGAACAAAGAGACAAUUCUCCACCUUCAAGGCAAGUGUACAGACCUGGAAACCCUGUUUGCCGAGUACGAAAGCAAGGCAGAAACCACACACGAAGAACUGGUCCAGGCAAAUCAGACAAUUGCUGCGCUGGAAGGCAAUGUUGCAAAGCUUGAACAGAAGAAAGCAACACUCGAAAAGGAGCGUCUAGUGUACCAAGAGAAGAUUAAAAACCUUGAAGCUGGCGUGCGCACGGCGAAAGACGAAACUCGUAUGGACAAGAAGAGAAUCGCCACGCUUGAGGUAGAGUACGCCGAGAAGCAGGGAAUGGCACGCGAUCUGGAAAAGAUGGACGACAACUUGACAGAACUUAGACUGAAGUAUGAUGACUUGGUGAAGGAAAGAGAGGAAGUGAAGUCAGACUUGGCCACGACGCGAGAGGAACUGAGACAAGAACAAAUAGAGCUGAAAAACGCACGAAAGGAGGGUGAGAACAUGAAGAAACAUGUGAUGGCUGAGAAAGACGCACGCAGCAAAGUAGAGCAAGAGCUACACGAGAGCAAUGAGCAGAUGAAGACGCAGAAAAGAAACAUUCAGGAGCUGCAGCGCAAUGUAAGCAAACUAGAGGAAGAGAACGCAGUACUUGAGGAGAAAGUCAAACUCUUGGACGAGGCAAGCAGCAAUCUGAAGAACCAGACUGAAGUACAGACUGUUGAAUUGAAGCGUCUAAGAGACUCGCUGACCGAUGCGAAGAACCAGCUUACCACAUCAAACAACAACUAUGAGGGCAGUGAGAGGGAGCGCAAACGUCUUAUGGAGGAGCUCAUUCACUCAGAGGAACAAGUGAAAAAGCUUCAAGAUACGUGCAAUGAGCUACUGCACGAGAAGAGCGUCGCAUCGGACAAGGUUCUCGCUCUUAAUGACACGCUGGAGGCUACAGUAUUAAGCUCUGAGCAGAUGGCGAAUAGCCUGAAACAAGAGUUGAUGACGACGAAUAAGGAUCUCGCUAUCACUCGUAGCACAUUGGAAAGGAGCCAGAAGCGAGAGGAGGAGCUUCAGGAAGAUAUAAAGCAGAUGGAGGACAAGAUUGCUAUCAUUGAGGAAAAGAAACAAGAGAUGGUGGAAAAGUUCUGGAAGAGUCAAAACGACCUUUCCGAGGCCGAGAGUACUAUUGAUAGCCUCAGAUCUGAAAACAAAGACCUUAAGAACAAAUGCGCACUGAUCACGCAGAGGGCUGAAAGGCUGGAGGAGACAGUGCAACUGGAGAGAGAAGAGAGCGAGAAGACUAUCGGGAACUGGAACGACAAAAUGAUGGAGCUGAAGUCUCAAUUCACACGCACUUCGGACGAGAGAGAUGACUUGAAAGCCAAGCUUGAAGAGACGGAAGAAACGCUGGCCAGCACAAAAGAAAACCUGGAAGAGACCUCAACCAAAUUGAGCGAGACUGAGAAGUUGCGAUCCUCUGAGGUGAGCGAGAGAGAUAGCAGCAUCGAGGAACUGCGCACGAAUAACGAGAAUCUCCGGGGGGACCUGAAGAGAACCAAGGAAUCCUUCAGAGAGGCGUGCAUCGAGAACAGUGACCUACGUGAGAAACUGAGUGUAACGGAGGAAAAACUUGAGCGUGUUGAUGCCAAGCUGCAAGAGCUAGAGAACGAUAAUGUGGACGCUCUAGCAGAAGCUCAAGCCAAGCUGAACGUCGUCAACAGAAUGCGCGCAUCCAACAGCGGUGAACGCUUCGCAGAACUACAGUCAAGCACCUUCCUGGCCUCUUCAGAUGACGAAGAUUACCAUGACCGUGUGGACGCUGUGCCAUCGCUUCCUGCUCCUACUGUACAAGAGGCGAUCGCGUCCUUCCACCGUGCCUGCUUGAAUUCAUUCAAUGAUAACAGAGCGUUGCAAGACAGUUUAUCUGCCGCCAAGCAGGAGAUUGAACGCCUGGAGGAGACGAUCAACAAGGAUCGCAACGACAUGGCGGAGCUGAAGAGAUACCUCGUGGAGUCCGAGAAGAAAAAGACAAAACUGGAGGAGGAAGUGAAGCGUGUGCGCCGACGCUUGGAAAACCUGAAGCAGAAGGCAAUUGAGCUUGAGAGACAGAAAGACGAUGAGCUUUGCGAAGUUAAAGGCGAUAAAGUAUCGCUGGAGAAAGAGCAAUGGGAACUAAGGGAAGCCAUCGAGGAGUUGAGGGCGACGCUAAAGGGAGUCGAGGAAGAGCGCGAUAGAUACGAGAAUGAGCUUGAUGAUUCUAGAAAGCAGUACCUUGACGCCAAGAAUGAGAUCAAGCGUACGCAACAGCAGCUGGACGAUAUCCAGGAUAAAAUGCUAGACAUGAGGAAGAGAGUAUUUGAGCUAGAGACAAACGAGAAGUGCAUGCAGCAACUAUUACAGGAACGCGAGAAAGAGCUUCAAGUCAGGCAAAAUAAGAUCUCGGAGCUUCAAACUCUUUACGACACGUGUAACCAGAAGAAAACUGAGCUAUACACACAGGCGGCAAAGGCUGAAGAUAAGGUGGGACAGCUGGAAAAUAUUCGUAAAGAGAACGUCACAGAGCAAGCGACGCUCAAAGACGAGAUUCGAUCGCUGAAUGGCAGGAUCACCGAUCAGGAGCGUACAUUGGCAAGGACAGAAAAAGAGUUAGAGGAAGCAAAGGAGCGCGGAAAUGAGUUGGAAAUUCAGCGCGGAAGCCUUCAAGCCAGCAACGAGAUCCUCAAACACCAGGUCGAAGUCACAAGAGGGGAGAUCAAAGCUCUCAAGGAAUCAUUCGAAAAAUCCACCGAAGACAACAUGAACAUCUCAAAGGUGCUCAAUGACAGAACGACGGAGAAAGAGAACCUAGAAACGGAAAGAAAGUGCCUUUUGCAGGAGAAAAACAGAACACAAGAUCUUCUAGACAAAUCUGAACAGGAGCUGAAGGCAGCAGAGGAGAACCUAGUGAAAUCCUUCCAGGAAAAUGAAUCCCUCAAGAGGCAGAUGCUUAAAGUACAAAGCACAUCGUGCGCAGACUCUGUCAAGUUACAAGCCGACAUUGGCAAAUUAAAGACCGAGCUGCAGUCCACAAAGAAAGACCUUUCUGACAAGAUCAAGGAAUACAACGACCUGUUCGCCAAGAACAAAGUCACAGAGAAAGAAAACGAGUUCCUCAAGAAAGAGUUGGGUAAUACCCACAACCGUGAAGCCGAGCUCAAACUGGAUUUCACCUCCACCAACAGCAAACUCCAGAGCUACGUGCUUGAGCGGGAGUGCUGGGAACGUGAGGUGAAGACAGUGCUAGCCGAGAUCGAACACCAGAAGAAUUCCAACUCCGCCAAGGAGCAGCGGCUAGAGAGGCUACGUAAACGCUAUGAGCAAGAGAUCGGAUUCCUUAGCCAGCGAGUGACGGCACUCGAGAGAGAGUUACGAGUUGUUCAAGAGGCGAGUGAGCAGCAGAGGCACGCAGAUGAGAUUGCGGCGAAACUUGCUCUAGAAGCAAAGGAUAUGGAGAUUGACAAUCUGCGCAUGAGGCUACAAGCAACAAAGAUGACAGCAAAUGAUCGCAGCUCCGUAGUGGACCAGAUGAAAAACCAGCUAGAUGAGCGAAGCCAGCAGAUCAACGAGCUAAUGGAGCAGAUAAAGAUCCUGAAGGACAGUUACCACCUAGAGCUGGCCAGUGUGCAAGCAGACCUGAAAUGCUCCCAGAUGGAGAACUUGCUAAAGAUCAGGAGAGAUAUGGGUAAUGACAACAGCUUCACAGCUAGCCAAGAUACAGUGAGUGACCUGUUGGAGGCAAUCAAGGCGAGCAGAAAGGAGUCAGAGCGACUUCGUAAACUACUUGGAAAAAAGAUGAUGGAGAUGAAGUCUCUCAAGAGACACAUCUUAUCUGAGAGAACCAGUCCACGACCAAUCACGUCUAAGUCAUACUCAAUAUAUGGCAGAGAUAAGCUAGGUGAUAUUAGUGUAGAUUAGACUCUAUCUAGGGGAAGGGAGGAGGGAGGGAUCUUUUUUAUAUACAUGUAAGCAUACAGAAUAUUAUCAGUUAUCUUUUUGGUUCAGCAUUAUAAAACAAACUAAGGCUUUGGAAAUUAUUUGCUAAUUUUUCAAGUUUCUUUCAAGGAAAUACAUUCAUGUUUGAUCUAUCAUACCAUGCUUACAAAUUAUCUAGUUUUCAUUUUUAAAAGCUUGAUGAUAAUUAUAUCUAGCAAAAACAUCAGCUUAUUAAUAAAAAAUAAUAUAUUUUUAUAAGUAUUUUUUGUACAACUAUAAAUAUAACUUGGGCCAUGAAUUCUCCGUUUAAUAUUGUCUUUAGAAAGCAAAUGUGCUUGUGUUCUUUUGGCCAAAUUCAAUGGAAAUAGGCAGACAUAAACUUAUAACUGAGAAAGCAAAUGAUGCACUUCAGAGUAACAAAAACCACUGAUACAAAAAGGAAAGCAGAGAAUCAACAGGCCUUAAUAGUUCCAAAGCUUCUGUAUUGCAUAGCAUUUAUUUGUAGUGUGAAUAUAAGCUGAUAAUAAUAAGUUAUACCAAGAUGAGUUAUCUUGAUAAUAUAGUAAAUAUUAGAGGUUAAGAAUCCAGUCACAACAAUAGUAAAAGUUUAAAGUAUUCUUAGUGUGCACCAAUACACUUCUUGUAACCAUAUCGUGUGUGUUUUGAAAAAGAAAUAAAAUAUAUUUUGCAUCAAA